UUAACAACUUGUAAGUUGUAACUGUCCCAUCUGUCUGCUUUCUUUUUGAACAAUUUCUUUUGGGUAGGAUCGAUCAAGGCAAACACAACUGUUCUUACAAGCUGCCCCCUCUACUUGAUUUUCAUCUCUCAAAUAUGGCUUCCUGUUAGAUGGCUUCCAUCUCCAACCCAACCCCUUCUGAGGCACAUCUAGAGUCAAUGGAUUUUCUUUCGCGUGCUUGGUGCAACUUCGCUGUGCAAACUCUCCAACCUGAUCGUCUCCAUGAUCAAUCUAUCAUUGUCCGAGAUCAUCCACUGCAGAAAUUUGAGCAUCAAGCCACACCGCCUUUUUCUAAGAUGGAGAAAUGCACAAAGCUGGAUGAUGCUGCAGAUUUCAAGUCUAUACCUGCAUGGAAAUCCAAUGAUUUUAAGUCAUGGAUAUGGAUGCAGCAAGCUAUGCAUCCAGAACUGAACUAUAACAGCUGUUUCAGGAAGAAAUGGCAGCUGCCUUGGAAGAUGGUUCCAUUUAAGGGUAUAUCAUUCAAGAAAUGGCUGAAAGAGAAGAAAUUAAGGCGAAAGGAAGAAGAGAGGCUACAGAAAGCUGAAGUGCAUGCAGCCAUAUCGGUUGCAGGAGUGGCAGCAGCACUCGCUGCAAUUGCGGCGGAGAAUUCAGGAAAGGAUGAAUCUAGGACAACCAAGGAGGCUGCAGUGGCAGCUGCAGCUGCCCUGGUUGCAGCACAGUGUGCAAAAGUGGCAGAGGCUAUGGGAGCAAAGAAGGAGCAGCUUACUAGCGCUAUAGGAUCGGCCAUGAGUGGUACAAGUGCAAGUGAUGUAUUAACACUCACUGCAGCAGCCACAACAUCAUUGAGAGGAGCUGCUACCCUGAAAGCAAGAUCAGGAUGCAGGAACAUAUUAAAUGUCAGUUCACCAAUUCUACCAAUUGAGGACAACAAUGAUUUUACUUUUGAGUUCAACAAGUGCAGAUCAAUGCUUGCAAAGGGCACUGAGCUUGGUGUAGAAACUCCAGAAGGGAAGUGCAAGGUUAGAUUGGUGUCAGUUGUCCUAGAGAGGGAAGCCAAGGUUAUUCUAAAACUGAGGAAGCUCAAUCUAUUCAAAAGCAAGAAACAAAGUCUUGUGUUGGACCUGCAUGCUGAGUUGUAUAGAGAUUCUGAAGCUGAUGAUUCUGAGACAUGUUAUCUGCUCGUGUUAACAACAAAUCUAGGUACAAUUAAGUUGGACAUGGGGGACGAUUAUCAGCGUUACAAGACGUGGGCUGCAACUAUUAACCAAAUGCUUGUUCUUUCCACUUCUUCCACAAAAUAUGAACUUCAAUUCUAUAAAAACUGAAGUAGUUGCUUUGUCGGUUUUCCUCAUCUUUGUAACAGUGUAUAUCAAUUGUAUAACAUAUAUAUGUUCUUGUUUCUGAUUGAAUUAACCCAAUUUAAGGUGUUAACAAACAUUAACUUAUAGC